AACACAUAAAGCGUGUGGUUCCAUUCAACUGUCAUCGAAAAAUCAAAUCCCAAACUACUUAUGAUUCUGAAGUUGAAGAAGCUCAAGGACGAAGACGAGACUGAAUUAAUUUUCAAUAAACACGCUCUCAAUAAGUCACAUUUAUUUCAUCUUAAUCCUAUCGAUUCGUUCAUUUCCCUCCCACUUUCUCUCUCUUUCUCAUUUUCCAUUUCGGAAAUUUCGUUGUUUGUGUCGGAGUAAGACAGAGACAGAGAGAGGGCGGCCAUGGCUAUUGCAGCGGCUGCUGUCGUGGUUCCACUAGGCCUGCUCUUCUUCGCUUCCGGCCUCAUCGUUAAUUUCUUUCAGGCAAUAUGCUAUGUGCUAGUAAGACCGCUGUCAAAGAAUUUGUACAGAAGGAUCAACCGGGUGGUGGCAGAACUGUUGUGGCUGGAACUUGUUUGGCUUAUUGAUUGGUGGGCUGGAGUUAAGGUUGAAAUAUACACGGACCGUGAAACUUCUCGUUUGAUGGGUAAAGAACAUGCACUUGUCAUAUGCAAUCACAGAAGUGAUAUUGAUUGGCUUGUUGGAUGGGUUUUAGCUCAGCGUUCGGGUUGCCUUGGCAGUACUCUAGCAGUGAUGAAGAAAUCGUCAAAGUUUCUACCGGUAAUUGGCUGGUCAAUGUGGUUUUCUGAGUAUCUUUUCCUGGAGAGAAGUUGGGCCAAGGAUGAAAACACAUUGAAAUCAGGUAUACGGCGGUUGAAUGAUUUCCCUCUUCCAUUUUGGUUGGCUCUCUUUGUAGAAGGAACACGUUUCACAAAUGUCAAAUUAUUAGCUGCUCAGGAAUAUGCAACCUCCACUGGAUUGCCUGUUCCUAGAAAUGUCUUGAUUCCUAGAACUAAGGGGUUUGUUUCGGCUGUAAGUCAUAUGCGAUCAUUUGUUCCUGCCGUUUACGACAUAACAGUGGCUAUCCCCAAGAGUUCACCUGCUCCUACAAUGCUAAGGCUCUUACAGGGGAAACGUUCGGUGGUGCAAGUUCAUAUCAAGCGACAUUUGAUGAAUGAAUUGCCAGAAACAGAUGAAGCUGUUGCUCAGUGGUGUAGAGAUAUAUUUGUCGCCAAGGAUGCAUUGUUAGACAAACAUGUAGCUGAGGAUACUUUCAGUGAUCAAGAGCUGCAGGACUCUCGUCGACCAAUAAAGCCUCUUGCGGUAGCUCUAUCUUGGGGCUUUGUGGUUGUUGCAGGCAGUGUUAAGUUCCUACAAUGGUCUUCAUUGCUAUCAUCAUGGAAGGGCGUUGCAUUUUCAACUUUUGGUUUGGCAGUUGUUACCGGCCUCAUGCAGGUCUUGAUUUUAUUCUCACAGGCAGAGCGUUCAAACCCGGCCAAGGUAGCCCCUGCAAAGCCGAAAAACAAGGAGGAACAACCCGAGGCUAUAAAUGACAAACAACAGUAGAUCACGCAUGUGUUUGUUCAAACCAAAAUCAUGCAUAUAUAGGAUUUUGGUGAACUUGAAGUUGGCAUUUAUGUGGGUUCAACAUUCACGUAACACUAAUUAUUUUACCUUUAAAAUCUACCGUGGUAUGUCUUCAAUUCUUAUGUGGUAUUGUAUUUGUUUAUGUUUAGUUUUCAACAUAAUUAGGAUAAAACUUUGUAUUGAUAAUCUUGGAUUGACUAAAAAUAUUCUUCUUCAUCACUUGUUUUUCAUUUGGAUAA